CCCAAUCAUAUUGAAUAUACCCAAUUUACCACCUUAAAGGCUACAUAGUUAUGUUCUUCCCCAUUUUCUAGGCCUUAGGGUUUCAUCCACUGAAUUUAUGCACAUACAGCGAAGAAGAUUAAAGUGCGAGUGAAAAAGAGAUGAACAAGAAGGAGAUAUUGAAGUUGGCAAAGGGGUUCAGGGGAAGGGCAAAGAACUGUAUAAGAAUCGCAAGAGAGAGGGUCGAGAAGGCCUUGCAGUAUUCCUACAGAGAUCGCAGGAACAAGAAGCGUGACAUGCGUUCUUUAUGGAUUCAACGCAUAAACGCCGGGACUCGUCAACAUGGCGUAAACUAUGGUAACUUCAUGCAUGGACUGAUCAAAGAGAACAUCCAACUGAACAGGAAAGUUCUGUCCGAAAUAUCCAUGCAUGAACCGUAUAGUUUCAAGGCUCUCGUAGACAUUUCCCGCACUUCCUUCCCCGGAAAUAAGAAUGUUGUGCUUCCUACAAGGAAGGUAGAUGUUUCAUCAAUCAAUGUAUGAUUCCUUGUUUUUGGUGUCUUGGUCAUAACCUCUUUAGAACAUUUAAAACUCAAUCUUUUGACAAAUAAGAGAUUUUAUGUUUGCAUAA